AUGCUUAGUUAUCUUGCAAAAGUUAUAUUUUUAAUAGGUGUUUAUGCACUUUAUCGUUAUUUGUCUAUAAAUCUAAAACCUAUAUACAAAUUAAUACGCGACAUUAUAAAAGAAAAAUUUCUAGGACAUACACUUGAAGGUCUUACUGAUAGAUACGGUAAAUGGGCAGUAAUUACCGGUUCCACAAAUGGUAUCGGUAAACUAUAUGCUAAAGAACUGGCUUGCAAUGGAUUUAAUGUAGUGCUUAUCUCAAAAAUGGAAUCCAAACUAAAAAUACUAGCAGCUGAUAUAGAAGAAGAAUUCAAAGUGCAAGUAAGAAUUAUAGUAGCUGAUUUCUCAAAAGGAUUGGAAACAUUCAAAAAUAUCGAGCAAGUUCUGGACACAAUUCCAAUCGGAUUAUUUGUGAACGCCUUUGGAGUGGCAGUUUAUGAUGUUGGAAAUAUGUGUUCUCUUACCAGAGAAGAACUAACAGUUAUACUGAAUACUAAUAUUGAAGCGGUAACAGAAUUGUCACGUUAUUUCUUACAGCGCAUGUAUUGCACUAACAGUAAAGCAGCUAUUGUCAAUAUAUCUUCCUGUUUGGAGAUUUAUAGUACUCCUUUUAGCGCACUUUAUGAUAUCACAAAGAUCUAUAAUCGAAAAUUAACUUUGGCCUUACAACAGGAAUCUCGCCGUUUUAAAGUUCAUGUGCAACACGUAUUACCAUGUUUGGUGCCUACAAAAACUAUACAAAUCUGUAAUGCUAUUUUAAAGGAUUCUAAAUUAUUCACUCCAGAUCCAGAAGCAUUUGUUCAUUGGGCUGUAUCAACAAUAGGUCGACUAGAUGAAAGCACGGGUCAACUUUGGUAUGCCGAUCAGUUUUUUAGGUGGCUAAGUCAAGUACUUUAAUGGCUAAACUGCAACGUUUAUUGCUGAAUAAAAAGAAAGAGAGCGCCA